ACACGUUGGGGCUCUCACUACAAAACUCUUGUUCGUCUUUUUGAUAUGUGGAAUGCUAUUGGUACAGUGCUAAAUUCGUUACACAUGCAUGGUGAAACACCCAAAAUUAAAAACAGUGCUGGUGGUAUUCUUGAUAAAAUGGAUUCUUUUGAGUUUGUUUUUAUUGGAAAGUUUAUGUUGAAAGUUCUAGGUAUGACUAACACCUUAUCAAAGAUAUUACAAGAACGAGAUCAAAAUAUUGGUUGUGCUUUGAAUAUGAUUGGUGUAGUAAAAAAGAACUUACAAGAUUUUAGAGAUCAUGGUUGGGAUGCCUUUUUGAAGGAAGUUAGUGAAUUUUGUGAAGAACAUGCAAUUGAUGUACCUAAGAUGGAAGAUUAUCUUCGUGGGCGAUCAAGAAAGAAGAUGAAAGGUGGUGAACCCAUGACAAAUUAUGUGCAUUUUCGUGUAGAGAUCUUUGCAAAGGUGAUUGAUACUCUUGCUGUGGAAAUGGAUAGACACUUUACAGAGACAAACACAAAUUUACUAAGAUGUGUAAUGUGUCUUGAUCCUUCUAAUUGCUUUGCGAGUUUUGAUCAAGAUCGGCUAUUGGAACUUGCUGUAUUAUACUCAGAAGAUUUUAGUUCUACUGAUCGAGUUGAGCUUAUUCAUGAACUUCAAAAUUACAUUUCGGAUAUGAAAUCGAAUGAAGUUUUUGCUAACAUCUCCAAUCUUGGAAGUCUUGCAAAGAAGAUGGUGGGGAUGAAUUAUCACACAUAUUUUCCUUUGGUAUAUCGGCUUAUAGAAUUGGCAUUGAUAUUACCUGUUGGGACAGCUUCAGUGGAAAGGAGUUUUUCUGCGAUGAAUAUUGUCAAGACUGAUUUACGCAACCGUUUGGGAGAUGAGCUUUUAUCAGAUUUCGAUGUUGUCUAUGCAACUGAACCGCCAAACCUUAAUGCCACGCCUGAAGAGACCCCGCGCUUUAAGUAUGCAUUUUGGGCUUUCGCCGCGGCAAUACAUGGAUUACAAUACUGCAUGCCUGUAGUGACGGUGGACGGAACUCAUUUGUACGGAAAGUAUAAGGUUCAUCUCCUUCUUGCGGUUGCCAUGAAUGGUAAUCGUGAAAUCUUUCCUCUGGCUUAUGCUGUUGUUGACGGACAAACAUUAGUGUAUGCACUUGUGGGCAGUGGACUUCUGAUUGUAUACCGUGUGUUCAUGUUCAUGCUGUUUACCACUCUUUUUGACAACAAGUUCCUCACAACAUAUUACCGGCUAGGUACUCGCUUUAAGGUUCUACCUCCCAAACGGCCAACAGAUGAGAUUCCACGUUUAGGGAGACGUCAACGCAAUCGAUACCAGGGCGAGAUAGAUUUCAGGGCAAGGAGAUGAAUUUAGUUUAUAAUUUUUUUUAGUUUGUAUCAGGGAAGCCUCCCGAGAGACUCUCUCGAGCUACACUACUAUCUCGUUAAGCUUGCGGGUGCUUAACAAACCGUUACAACUUGAGAGUUCGAGUCACACGAACCUCAACGAAUCCUUCAAAGGAAACAGACCUUCCUUUGAAUCAACGAGAGAAAUACUUUCUCUCAACGUGUCUAAGAACACAAGUACACUCAAGAACGAGACUCUCUUGUAGAGUAGAUUAUGAGUAAACUAAGUACGCUCAAGAACAACUCAACCUUCACACACAAAUGGCUCUAGAAAGCUAUGGAAAAUUAUGAUAUUUGAAUGCAAUGAAAGUAUGGAUGUUGU